UCACCGCCUUGGCAGCUGUCCAGCCAAUGCGGGAUAGAGAGGAGUGGCAAGCAUCCAGAGCCGAGAGGAGGUGAGAGAAGAGACGCUGCGUCUUUACGCAGCUGUGACAUCCUAGAGGGGGACUCGGAGCCUGCGGGAUCGCUGCGUCCGCGCGCCUAUACCCCGCUUGUCCGGUGUGUUAUUCUGCUGGAUGGGAGCUGCAGCCGUUCCUGAACGCGGGAUUUUUGAAUCUGCGCCUGAAAUGCUCAUGGAGGAGUAAAAAACAACAACAGCAGGAAUGUGGAGCCGCGGGAUAAUUUGUGCCUCUUUAUUGACAGUUUUGGUACCGACAGUGUGGUGCAAACCUGUGAUCUCCCCCAGUGGGCCUCAUUUAGUGGUUCCCAAAGGGGGGAAGCUGGAGCUGCAUUGCCAUGACGAUGACAGAACGUCCAAUGUCCCGGCCACACUAAGGUGGGAAAAGGAGAAGGCUCGCAGGAUGGAGGGUGAGGUAGAGGAGGGCAGAGUGGCUUCUGUCCGGGUGACAGAGGUGCAGGGCUACCACAUGGGCCGGUAUGUGUGCGUCAACAACAAAACGUUGGAGCGCAGCACCAUAUAUGUCUACAUAAAAGACCCUCACAAUGCGUUCCAGCGCUCCAUGGUGAAUGGCAUCCUGGUGCGAGCAGGCGAGAACUGCACCAUCCCGUGUCUCGUGACCGACCCCGAGGUCAGGAACAUGGCUUUGGAGACGUGUGACAAGCAGCCUCUGCCCUCGGGUUUGAGCUACCGCAGCAACCUGCAGCAAGGCAUCAUCAUCAGUAAUGCUAGGAAGGAAUAUGAGGGCUGUUAUGUUUGUGUGGGGCAGCUGGACCGACUCACGUUCAGAUCAAUCCAGUACACUGUGGAUGUUCGACUGGUGCCUGAGCUGGGCCCAGUCAUCUCUCUGUCCCACAAAGACAUGGUCAUUCUGAAGGCAGGAGAGCCGUUUAAGCUUACCUGCAACUCCACCAAUGUCAACCCGGAUUUUAGCCUUAAGUGGGACUACCCUUCAGCGGCGCUUCCUGAAAAAUCCCAGACCUCGCACAUUCUGUCUGGCUCCCGGGGUUAUCAACGCUCCACCUCGCUCUUCAUCAAAACUGUCCGCCAUUCAGACUCUGGGACUUACCGCUGCUACGCCCACAAUGAAAGAGGUGACAGUGAUGCAUCUCUGCAGCUAGACGUCCACAAUAAGGGAUUCAUUACUGCCGUUGAAGCUCCAAACCUUGUCCAGAAGUAUGUUAAGGAAGGGGAAACCCUGAACCUGAAAGUAGACUUUGAAGCCUAUCCUGCACCGCACUCCUGGUCUUGGUCCUACCAAGGCAACCGCCUGCUCAACACCACGGAGCACGUUAUCACACUACAUCGCCACAACUACAGAUACAUCAGUGUGCUGAGACUUGUGAGGGUUCUCGGUUCAGAGGGUGGGAUCUACACAUUCUCAGCCCGUCACGAAGAUGCAUCUGUCACUCUUUUAUUUUACGUCUAUGUCAGCAGUAAGCCAGUGAUCAUUGGCCAAGACGGGCCUGUUGAUGGACAGGUGCGAUGUAUUGCUGCAGGUUAUCCAGUUCCUAAAAUCAGCUGGUACUUCUGCGAGCGGCCCCAUGUCAGGUGCUCACAACUGCCUAAUGCUACCCAAUGGGAAACCCCAGAGGUCUACCUGCUGACAGAGUCAACCUUUGGUAGAAGUGAGGUGGAGAGCCGGCUGAAUGUCACCAAGGAACACACUCAGUACCAUACCUUGGAGUGUGUUGCUUACACAGAUGGAGAAGAGGCGUACACGCUGUUCUCUAUCAGUGAGCGAGUUGUCCCACAUAAACUCUUCACACCAGUUCUGAUUGGCAUGAUAGCCACUGGUGCCUUCCUCAGCCUCACUGUGGUGGUUCUGCUCUAUAAAUACAUGCAGAAACCAAAGUUUCAAAUCCAGUGGAAGGUCAUAGAGAGCAUCAAUGGAAACAACUACAUCUAUAUUGACCCCCUCCAGCUGCCAUAUGACAUCAAAUGGGAGUUUCCCCGGCAGAAGCUUCGCUUUGGUAAAACCCUUGGAUCCGGUGCUUUUGGAAAGGUGGUACGGGCCACAGCGUAUGGUCUCUGUUCUCCAGAUACUGUGACAACUGUGGCUGUGAAGAUGUUAAAACCCAAUGCUCAUUCCACAGAGAAGGAGGCUCUGAUGUCAGAGCUAAAAGUUCUCAGUUACCUUGGAAACCACAUGAACAUUGUUAACUUGCUGGGAGCCUGCACAGUUGGAGGUCCACUUUUGGUGAUCACUGAGUACUGUUGCUAUGGCGACCUGCUCAACUUCCUGCGAAGAAAAAGAGAGUCCUUUCUAAAAUCCCAAGUUGGGGAUGGUUACUAUCGCAACGUCUCGAACCAGACGGAGACAACAAGGGAUGUGAGUGGGACGGGGUACAUGCCCAUGCGUCCCGCUGACAAAGAAAAACCCUCGCACUCGGAUUACAUCAGCGAGCUGUCUCUGGAUGCUGAAGAUCUCCUCAGCUUUUCCUACCAAGUCGCCAAAGGAAUGGAGUACAUUACUUCCAAGAACUGCAUCCACAGGGAUCUCGCUGCCAGAAACAUCCUGCUGACUCACGGCAGGGUGGCGAAGAUCUGCGACUUUGGCUUGGCACGGGACAUCACCACUGACGCCAGUUAUGUUCUCAGGGGAAAUGCCCGUCUGCCGGUCAAGUGGAUGUCUCCUGAGAGUAUUUUCGACUGUGUCUACACCUUUGAGAGCGAUGUGUGGUCGUACGGCAUUCUGCUUUGGGAAAUCUUCUCUCUGGGAAAUAGCCCGUAUCCAGGGAUGCAGGUGGGCUCUGCGUUUUACAGAAUGAUUCAGGAAGGUCACAGGAUGAACAGGCCUGAGCUUGCUCCUGUUGAGAUGUAUGAUAUGAUGCUGUCCUGCUGGAACCAUGACCCUUUGAAGAGGCCUUCCUUUAGAAAACUGGUGGAAAGAACUGAGCUGCUGCUGUCCGAGAAUACCAAGAAUGUGUACCUGACUCUGAGUAACACUUCCGGGGCUCCAGAGCAGCAGAGGGCACUGUCACAAAGGCUAAGCUCAGUCUGCAGCACAACUGCCCCGACGCAGCCUUUACUUCAGAGCACAGCAGAUGUUUUCCUGGACUACGUCUGACUGCAACAUGAUCACACAUGCAACCUCUGCCACCUCCCUGCUCCAAUCCAAACUCCUUUUCCUUUACUUCCUCCUGGAAAGCGUUGCUAGGAGACUAUGCCAUCAGUCAUCAAGUGGAAGCAGGACUCCUUUCAGUGAUGAGGCAACUUCAUCAUCUGUAAAUGAAGAUGCCAAAUUCUGGCUCUCAGACACAGUGUACAUAUUCCUGUCUGCUGUGGGCUCCCAAACUCCUCUUCCCAUCGACAUGUUUAUCGUAAUGGUAGAUGUUUCAGGUGCAUGUCUAUUUAAAGCAGACUGCAGCACUAACCAGCUAUCAGAGACAUCCUCCAUCAGCAGCUGGGAGGAGUUCAGGUUCACAUUCAUCGCAUUCUUAGAUGCUCUGAACAACACAAAGCCUGCAAGUGCAUGUAAAUACAAAUCCACAUCUGAAUAUACAAUACAUUUGUGCGUGGAGAUAAUGGUGUGACUAUCAGACUUCUAGAUGUUUAUUUUCCCCAUUUUACAUCACUAAUUUUUGUUUUUUAUCAAAGAGAUGGACACAGAAUUAGAUGAAACAUGGAAGUAUUAUUUUAGUUUCUCUGCAAAAUAGUUGCAAGAAUGUUCCAUUUCAGUGUGUUAUCCCUGGGUUUGUGCACCCUGUAUCAAACAGACACUAUAAAACUAACAAGUCUUAAAAAAAUGAACAUGCAAUGACUGUAGAACAGCAAAAAUAAGCCAUAAGCAUCCAGUUCCCACCUGUUCAUUGUAUAUUUUCCACUACCGUGGCUGUAUUUUAUUUUGACAUAUUUUCUUUUAAGGCAAUACGUAGUUUUAGGACUAAGUGUGUGCUUUGUGUUGUCCAAAUGUAUGCAAUGUAAAUACAAUAGAGACGUGCCUUUAGUUUUUGUCUUCACAUUGGAUUUGUUUGUCUGUGACGGUGUUAAGCCUCAACACUGUGGCUUUGAGGUCCUUCCAGUUUUUAUACGGUUCUUUUGACUUGUAAUAAAGUACCUCUGAAGAUGGGACCUACACUUGAUUCAUCUUCGGUCACAUUCUGGGAUGUUUGUAGCAAUGCACCAGCACCCACAAACCCCUAAAACCAGGAGGGUCAUCUAGAAAGUGAACUGCAUAAAGGAGGAGGAAGGGGCAGUUUUAGUAUUUGCAACAGUUUUUUAUUUUCAAAUUGACCAAGAAAGGACACGUAAAAGGUGGGGGAGCUGUUAUAGUGAUUGCAAACAAGUUUCUUUAAAAUAUUACAUGUGACUUUUGGGGCAGAUAAAGGGCCACAGUUCAAGAGCAGAACGGAUACAUACAGUUCAGGUAAGCAUAGCACCAUUUUACACUGAAUAUUUGUGUUUUUCUUUUUUAUUCUAUAGCUUUGUGUGAGUGUACAGUAUACUAGAACUAGACUUUUUAAGAUCAAAACUGUUUCAGGAGAGGAAUCAGAGUAUCUGUGUAGAAGGGCAGAAAGGGGGCGCCAACGUCAAAAGUCAAACAGCCCUGGACUCUUCCAUUUUUUUUUUCCAACCAGAAGACAAACACAGUUGCAAAAAAACAAACAAAAACAAAAAAACUGUAAUAGUGGAACAUUCCUUUUAAAAAAAAAACGUUUUUUUUUUUUAAAGACUACGUCAGAUAUUAAAAUGACUUGUGAUGUUUUGACACCCCUCUUUUUUCCUUCAUAACAAAGCCAAAGGUUCUUUUGCGCAUAAACUGUUUCAAAAUCCAUUCAACUCUUGACAACUUUACAUUCUUUGGGCCUUGUCAGUGACAAAAAACUAUA